AUUUGCUGGCGAAAUAGAAUUGAUAAAUUAUUUUCUCUCUCUUUUAUAUUUAAUUUUUGGCAAGAAAGUGGCAACAUCGUAAGCUGUCAUUAAUUUAGGAUUCCUGGGAAAAUAAUAAUGUAAGAGUGUAAAGUGUAAAACGUUGGUUUUCUCUGAGAAUGGCAAUGCAGGCAGGGGAACUCUGUCAGCACCAAAGUCCACAUUGCCCUCUCAUUUUCUUCAACCCGAUUCCCGAUUUUGGUUCCUUCAGCGGAGGGUUGUUUCUCGAGCCCAAAAUCCCCGAUUCCUUCGUUCGUUCCAUUUCGCUGAAGAUCCACUCCACUCCCUUUUCAGAAUCCAAUCCUCGCCGCCACCGGAGAAGGGUUCCGGCAGCGUGCUUUCUAUCGGUGAGCUUGCCGAGUGCAAAUCUCGUUACCGAACCCAAACUGCAAAAUGGCGAACACGUGUCAGACCAGGAGACAACCUCAAACGGUGUCGUUCUGCAAAGAAAGGUUAGGGUACGAGGAGGCAAUGCCGUCAACACCACCAAACAUCUCUGGGCCGGUGCUGUAGCCGCUAUGGUCUCUAGAACUUGUGUGGCUCCACUUGAAAGGCUUAAGUUGGAGUACAUAGUCCGUGGUGAGAAGAGGAGCAUAUUCGAGCUUAUUAGCAAAAUUGCUUCUUCUCAAGGGUUGAGAGGAUUUUGGAAAGGCAACCUUGUGAAUAUUCUGCGGACAGCUCCAUUCAAAGCGGUUAAUUUUUGUGCUUACGAUACUUAUAGAAAGCAGCUGCUUAGGUUUUCUGGGAAUGAGGAAACUACCAAUUUUGAGAGGUUUAUUGCUGGUGCUGCUGCUGGGAUUACUGCUACCAUUAUCUGCCUCCCUCUUGACACUAUCCGAACCAAGUUGGUGGCACCUGGUGGAGAAGCUUUGGGCGGUGUAAUUGGUGCUUUCAGAUACAUGAUUCGAACUGAAGGAUUCUUUUCUCUUUACAAGGGUUUAGUACCAUCAAUUAUAAGUAUGGCACCUUCUGGGGCAGUUUUUUAUGGUGUAUAUGAUAUACUGAAGUCAGCUUAUCUGCAUUCACCAGAAGGAAUGAAGAGAAUCCAGAAUAUGCAUAAACAGGGUCAGGAACUGAGUGCCUUUGACCAACUUGAGUUGGGACCGGUAAGGACAUUGUUGAAUGGGGCUAUUGCUGGUGCUUGUGCAGAAGCUGCUACAUACCCAUUUGAAGUGGUGAGAAGGCAACUUCAAUUGCAAGUCCAGGCUACAAAAUUAAGUUCUUUUGCAACAUUUGCCAAAAUAGUUGAACAGGGAGGCAUUCCAGCUCUCUAUGCAGGACUUAUUCCCAGCUUAUUACAGGUGCUUCCUUCAGCUUCCAUAAGUUUCUUUGUCUAUGAGUUCAUGAAGAUUGUUCUGAAAGUGGAGUAGGCAAUGAACAAAUUCCCAGGUAUAUACCGCUAAGAAGCUGCACCAUGAUUUACGGGCAAGCUGCUAAAAUAGUUACAGAAUAGUAACAUUCAAUUUUAAUUGGCAAUCAUAUUUGAUGUCUGCCUUUGAGGGUGAAAGGAUAAUUCAGGUCUGCUAUCCCGUACAACUGAUCACAGUAUCAACAGAAUUUUUGGAUUGACUCUACACUCAAUAUACCCAGGCUUCAAGUCUGCAAAGUGAAAAUAAAUUUAUUUUGUUACUCCCAGAUCUUGAAUCCUAUUCUCAUUAGGUUUACACAAUUUUGUUAGUUUUUUUUUUUCCAUCUGGCAGUAAGUCUUGAUCAUUAUCAUGGGGCGUACAAGCAAAGUCCAAUUACUUUAUAAGUUAUAACCUGAAAUGUAGCUUAUAAAUUAUUCUUGUGCAUCAGUGCAUUGCUUGCAUUACACCUAACUAGAUCAUCUACUUGUGACUGCACGUUAUCUUGGGGGUUUUAAUCAAAAAGGUUUAGCCAAAUCAGGAAAAAGAGAUCUCCCACAGCUUUGUGUGGGACAUUGAAAACUUCUUCAUAUGUGUGGUUGAUUGCAGUGUAUAUGCUCCAAUCAAGAGAGUUAAAAAGUGCCGCUGUGAGGUGGUUUUCAGCUGGUUAGCUGCCAUCAAAAUGCACUGUUAUGUACAGGAGAAGAAAGUUUUUAGAAUUUAGAUGCAAAUAUUUGAC